GGGAGCUAAAUUAAGGAUAAUUUCUUCAAAAGUGAGUUGUCUUUUUAUCAACAAGUUUUCUUCUUCUACUACAUCUCUGGAAAAUCUAAAUAGUGUUCGUCACUCCCAAACACCAAAAAAAAGCGCCGAAAAACUCGAAUACAGAAAAUAAAGCGUCAUUUCGUCCCAUCCAUGGCUUCUCGACUUCAACGCCACAAAUUUGCCUGGAGAGUUCUUAUGGUUUCAAACUUCGGUGUUGCAGCUUAUAUUUUUGGAAUGAAUAAAAAGAAAGAGGGAAGUUCGAAAAGCGAAAAACAUGAAGAAGCUCCACUUGUUGCUGGUACAAGUACAUCAAAAGUCAGUUCCGAGCCAAAAACUGAACCACCAACCCCAAUUGCAGAGAUUUUACCAGCAGUCAUCAGUUUCAUGGAGGAGCCAGGAUUCAACCCUGAAACUUCAACUGGUACAAGUGCACCAAUGGUCAAUUGUAUGGAGGAAUCAGAAAUGAUACCAGCUACCCCAAUUGCCGAGCUUGUGAAGGUGCGUGAGCCAAUUGCCGAGGAUCAACAACGACAGCUUUUCGGGUGGAUGUUGGAUGAGAAGAGAAAGGUAAAAACCAAAGACAGAGAUGAAAAGAAGCAAAUUGAUGAAGAUAAGGCCAUACUCAAGCAGUUUAUCAGGGAGAAAUCAAUCCCUGAUAUUUAGCCCAGACCUGUUCAAUGGGGUGGGUUAAGGCCAGGCCGGGCCAAGAGCCUGGUUGUUCGGAUCCAGCCCGUUAAAAUUUUAGCCUCUAUAACUGUCGCUGCCUUUAUUCUUUGAACCUGGUUGUUCGGGUCCUGCAACUUGUCUGUCUAACUCUAACAGGAAAUAUCUCAGAGGUUUGAGCCAUUUUUUUGGGUGCUCAAUUUAGUGGUUUUAGGGCUGUGUUAGGGGUAAAUAUUCAUGCCUACGUUUUUACGGAGUAUAAAGGAAUUAACUCCAUUUCAGAGUUAAAGAGUUUUCUAAUACCAGAAAUUUGUUCAUUUGUGAACCAGAACGUUUAUGAAGCUGAUCAAGGAAAGAAUUUUCAAUAUUCAAAGGGCUUGUGAAUUUGUGAUCAUUGAUCUGUUUAAUGACUAAGAAGAUUGUAUUAUGUUGA